AUGAAGCAACACGCUGAAGAGCGUCUCCAGGCUUUCCUAACCAGGUUUAACCUUACCAAAAGCAUGGUUAUUGAAUGUCACCCUUCAACGGCAGUUCAGGCAUUCAUACUGGCCAUGAAUCGUGGCACCCCGUUCCACACAAGCUUGGUGGUCAACACGUCGAGGACUAUGGAUGAACUUAACGAAAGAGUCGAUGGAUUUGUGCGCUUGGAAGAAGAAGAGGCAGCAAACGCUCGGAAGACAUCCGUUAUUUCCACGGAAGAAAAGACCAAAGCAAAGAUCAGGCAAAAACAGGUCCAACCGCAACGCUCCUCAUGGAAAUCCGAGAAGAGGCCCAGAGAGGAAGAGCUGAUUACUCCGUUGAAAGUUACCCUAGCAAGACUAGGGGAGUUCGCAAGUUAUUUUGAAGGACCAGCGGUGGAGCAGAACCGGCCAAUAGAGCAUGUGAAGAAGAAUCAAAAGUCGAAUUCUCACAACACGCAACCAGUUCGGGUAAUUAAUGCAAUUCACGGUCGGCCAGAACCUGCUGAGGAAUCAGAUGAACUGUUUCGAACACGCCUUCGUCAGGCACGGAUGAAGAGAAGGAUAGGCAGUGUAAACACUCUGCACCAGCAGAACGCAUCAACGCAUAUAAAGUUUGACGCAACAGACUUGCUGCGUGUUCAGACCCCUCAUGAGGACCCUCUGGUCGUAAGUUUGACAGUGGCCAAAUGCUUGGUGCGCAGAGUUCUAAUUGACCCUGGAAGUAGUGCGAACAUCAUGCCAAGAGAUACAUUCGAUCGGCUCGAGAUCAAACAGGAACAGCUGAAAUCCACCGGGAAUCCACUAUUAGGGUUUGAUGGAAAACGAGUGGAGCCCGUCGGCACGGUGGAGGUAGCGGUACAUGCUGCCGAGAGGUUUUUGAUGGAAACCUUUGUAGUUGUUGAAAUUCAUCCCUCUUAUAAUCUUCUGAUGGGCAGAGGGUGGAUCCACAGAGUUCGAGGUGUUCCUUCCACUCUGCAUCAAGUAAUGAGAUGCCUGGCACCGGACGGAACCAAAAUGAUUGACAUUCAUGGAGACCAAGUUGCAGCAAAAGAAUGUUAUUCUGUAACGAUAAAACAUGCCAGAAAGGGGAAAGCUCCCAUUCGUUCAAUCGAUCAGUUUCGACCAGAACGAACAACCAAAGUAGGGGAGAGACUCGUUGAGGAGGAAAAGCAGGAAUUAGUUGAUUUUUUGUCUCAAAAUGCAGAUGUGUUCGCAGGAGUCACCUAG